AUGUCGCGCCCCGAGGACACCCUCGCGGCGGACAUCCACUACGACGAUGUCGAGGCACGCAAGUACACGACGAGCUCGCGGAUAAAAAACAUCCAGGCGUCCAUGUCGUCGCGCGCGCUCGAGCUACUCAACCUGCAGUCGCCGAGCCUGAUCCUCGACGUCGGCUGCGGCAGCGGCCUGUCGGGCGAGAUGCUGUCGAGCGUGCCCGCCGACGAGGGCGGCCCGCACGUGUGGGUGGGCAUGGAUAUCAGCGCCUCCAUGCUCGACGUGGCCCUGCAGCGCGACGUCGACGGCGACCUGCUGCUGGCCGACAUGGGCCAGGGCGUGCCCUUCCGCGCCGGCACCUUUGACGCCGCCAUCAGCAUCAGCGCCAUCCAGUGGCUGUGCAACGCCGAGAGCAGCGAGACAUCGCCCUCGGGCCGCCUGUCGCGCUUCUUCAACGGCCUGUACGCCUCGCUGCGCCGCGGCGGCCGCGCGGUGUGUCAGUUCUACCCCAAGAACGACGCCCAGCGCCACAUGAUCACCGCCGCCGCCGUCAAGGCCGGCUUCGGCGCCGGCAUCCUCGAGGACGACCCCGAGACCAAGAACGUCAAGCUGUACCUGGUCCUGACGGCCGGCGCCAGCGUCGCCGGCGGCAAGGGCCAGGACAUCACCGGCGUCGUGAAGGGCAUGGACGGCGUCGACGUGCUCGACAGCCGCCGCCGCGGCCCCAAGAGCGGCAAGGGCGAGAUCAAGAAGGGCAGCAAGAUCUGGAUCCUCAACAAGAAGGAGCAGAUGGAGCGCAAGGGCAAGAUCGUCAAGGCCACGUCCAAGUACACGGGGCGGAAGCGGAGGGUGCAGUUUUAG